GGUUUUCUUUCCUUUUUUAUGGUGCUAGAUUCUAAAGUCACUUUGCUGUUGUCUGCCUAGAUCGAGGUGGUUUAAAAAAAAAUAGGGGGCCGGAGAGAAUGAGCAACCAAAACCUUCAGUUGUUUGGUUCCGGGGGAGGAUGGGGUUAGAUAUUUAAUUGUUCAGCUAUUUAGUGGUUUUAUUCCCAAAAUGAAUAUCUUCAUGUGACUUUUGGAAGCAGAAGAUCAGCUAAUAUAAAGUCAGAAACUCCCCAAAUGAGCAAAGCUACCUUUCUUCCUGGAUAUUGAGCUAAAGAAUUUUAGGAUGGGCCAGCAGCUCUCAAGCCAGACGCACACUGUUAUCAAUCAGCUGCCAGAAAAAGUAGUCAGACAUGUAUCCCUGUUUCGAGAAAGUGGCUUCUUGACUUACGAAGAGUUUUUGGGGAGAGUAGCUGAAAUGAAUGACACAACUGCCAAGUUAGCUUCUGGCCAGGACAAGCAUCUAUUGUUUGAAGUGCAGCCAGGUUCAGACUCCACUGCUCUCUGGAAGGUAGCUGUUCGAGUAGUAUGUACUAAGAUAAACAAGACAAGCGGUGUUGUCGAAGCAUCAAGAAUCAUGAACUUAUAUCAGUUCAUUCAACUUUAUAAAGAUAUCACAAGUCAAGCAGCAAGUGUUCUUUCACAGAGCAUUGCUUCUGAAGGAGCUGCUGAGGAUCUGUCUUCUGCUGCAUCUUGUCAGGCCAGCAUGUUGAUGAGAAGAGUGAAACAGCUGACUGAUGAGGAUGAAUGUUGUAUCUGCAUGGACGGACGUGCUGAUCUGAUCUUGCCAUGUGCUCACAGCUUUUGUCAGAAAUGCAUUGAUAAAUGGAGUGGUCACCACAGGAAUUGCCCUAUAUGUCGUCUGCAGGUGACUGCAGCAAAUGAUUCUUGGGUGGUAUCAGAUGCACCUACGGAAGAAGAUGUUGCUACCUACAUACUCAACAUGGUAGAUGAAGCAGGCCAGCCCCACAGGCCAUGACACAAGCAAUGUUCAUAGUCUUGAAAUCUCCAAGAUGUCAUUUACAUUGUUCCUCUGUUUUGUUUAUUCAUUGUAUUGCUUUCUAUAAAAGUCAUUGGUCUUUAAAAGUGACCGCUUGUCUAUGAGCCAGUCGUGUAACGCUUAUAAUUUUAAAUAUUUAUGUCCUUAAUCUUUCUGUUGGUGACUUGUGAAGGGAUACACUAAGAAUUUUCUGACAUUUUAUGGGAUACUGAAAUAGCUAAUAUUUUAGUUCUAGUAUAGCUCUUCUUGGAUGGUUUGUUAAAACUGCACUUCAUUUAUAGUUAAUCCAGCCUGUUGUUGUCACAUUCCUAAGCAAUCCUCCUUUAUGCAUAUAUGCAUAACACGCGCUGGCUUGCAUGAAUAGGAAUGACUAGUCCCACAUUUACAUUUGAGUUACUUCUACUGGCCCCUUGUGGCUUGCUUAGUAUUUACAUGUGCUUACUUUAAAUCACUCCUAAUUGUACCAUGUUCUUUUAAACCAAACUUUUAUUAUUAGUUCACUAUUUUUAUAAAAUAUUUUUUGCACUUUUGUUCAGGAAGAACCAAUUGCCUAGGCAACUUUAAAUAACUUUAAAUAAGUUUCCUAGUCCAUGAAGUUAUAGUUGUGUCCAUACCUUUAUUGAUCACAGACAACCAAAAGUUUCUGAUGACACAUCAUAACAUCUGGCUUAAUUUUGUGUAGUCAGGCUUUCUUCCCAGCUUUUAUAAACCAUACCAUUAUAAUGUAAAAACCAAGAUAAUAAUUUAAAGUAAAUAGAUGGUGCUAAAUUAUUUUCUAUAAGGGCAAUAUGCUUUACUACAAGAAGGUGCGUCUGCUUUGCUCACAAUAGCUUUGUGUUGCUUUAAUGUCUUAUGGAAUCUGUAAUCCAAGCAUCUGCUCCCUUGUUCUCAGGACUAUUGGAGCCAGGGCAGGAACCAGGUGUGUGUGUGGGGGGGGGCACUCAGCAAUGUCCUCUGUGGACCUGUGGUUGUGGGCUUACCUUGUUGUAUUGGCAUAUGGCUGCAAGCAACUAUGUUACAUUUCUCACAGGAUCCUGGAAUAACACUAUAUGGGGGCAUUAUGGAGAAUUGAAAAUGACAAUUUAAGAGCAGGGAUGACAAACCUUUCUAGGCUAGUGGGCCAGAUUAUUUCCCCCACUCCAUAUAGGCCAAGGAUAACAGGUGGGUAAAGCCACCCACCUGUCAAUCACAUGACAUCACAAGGAUGUCAGGUGACCUUUUUUCCUGUUGGGGCCUUCCGAAGCCCCUCUCAACGCACUAUUCUGCACAGCAGUUUGAACACGGCUUCUGAAGAUCCAACAACCAGCUGGAUCUUCAGAAGCCUUGUUUAAAUCACAGGGCAAGAUAAAACACUUUGAGAGAAACUUCUGAAGAUGUUUUCAGAAGCCCUUCUCAAAACGCUAUCUUGCCCUGGACUGCUGAUUAAUAGGGCCUGCAAAUACCCUUUCAACAAGCCCUGCCUUUACCUGCCCCACACUUUGUGUCAGGAGAGUGUGAUUUGGCUGAAUGGCCUUAUGGGCCAAACAGGAAGGCCUAGCAGGCCUAAUUAGAUCUGUGGCCCUGAGCUUCUCCACCCCUAGCUUACAGGCCCAGGACAGGUAUCAGUGUUGGUGGGCCCUGGUGGCUGCCAGGUGCCUUUUCCACAUCUGCAUUUUAUUUGUAUUUGCGGAGUGUUAAAAGUCUGUUUGCAGUGCUGAAAAAAUGGUUUUGAAUUCUAGUCUUAAUUUUAGAAGGGUGGUUUAAUUCAAAAAAUUCCUGAGGUGGUCACUGUCACAUUUGAGAUUGCCUGAUAUUUGUGUAUUAUAAAGCUGGUGUUCACUAUUAUACUAAGGUUUUGCAGAUAUAUCCAGGAUAAAACAGUUACUUGCAGGUUUAAACUGUUGGUUAAAGGCUUGUUGUAAAAUAUUUCUGAACUAUGUACUACAGAAUGACAAAUGUUUGCGGCUUGUUACAGGCUAUCAAAUUCAAUCUACGUAAUUACAGUAUGUCAGAAGUUGUUUCCCUUUCCCAUUUCAUACAAUGAAUUUGCCAGAGGGAGGAAUUAGACAGAAGCUCUUAUUACUGAAUUCAGUGACAGCUUUGAUUUUUUUUUGGGGGGGGGGACAUUUCACACUGCUAAUUGAUGAACUUCAAAGUCUGUUUAAAAUCAGAGUGGACAUCAAAGGGUUUUGAUCUUUUUAUGUUUUGCUCAAACAUAUUUUGUUUGAUUUUCCUACACCUGCCCAAACUAUUAGGAACUGGCAGUGUUCUGAUAGAAGUGCCUGAUAUUUUAACAUCAGGCAUUUUAAACAAAAUAAGCUGUUCUUCCUUCUCUAGGGAAGAUUAUCUUAGCUGUAAUUAAGGUGGUUUUCAUGACAAUUUUUUAAAAAAUUAGAUUCCUGGCUAAAAGGUCUGUAUGCUAGACCCAGCAGCUGGAAACGGCAACCUGCUUUGUAUAUCUUGAUAAGCCAGUUUAUUUUAAACCAUGGUUUAAUUGUGAAUGUUUCUCUCACCUGUCAUGAGCAGUAAGCCAGAAAUAAACCACUUGUUACAGCUUAUGCUUUUGCAUUUGUUUGAAACAGAACAGCUGGGGUUUGCACCACACAAGCCAUUCUGUGGCUUGUUUGAGCGAGCUGCAAAGAGAAAGCAUGGCAGUGAGGAGGCUUAAACCAUGGUUUUAAUACAAAUUGGCUUAUUAUGAGGUACUAACAAGGCCUAUGUGUAUAUAAAGAUGCAGGGGUACAUGUAAUUGUAACACCAGCGCAUGUAAAUAGAUGUAAACUUAAUAGUGUGUAUAGCACUUUAAAUUAACAUACAUAGUGGGGGAAGUACUAUAAUGUGUACCUUGUAAAAUACAUGUAUUGUAGACCAGCCUUGUAAAUUACUCCUCUGUGCCACUACUGUUCCUCUCCUCUGCCUCCAUAACACUGGAGUUGUGCUCCUGUCUUUCUGUACUUUUUUUAAAAAAAGACAGAUAGCUUUAAUGCUAUGAGAGAGCGUAUUGCUAAACACAUAGGGAAAGAUGCAAUUCAUCACCGAGGAGCUUGCCCAUGUGUUUUUGAGAGACACCAUGCACAUGGCAAAAUUACAAGACUUGUAGUAUAAAAGAUAUGUCUGUUAUGCAUUUAUUUGUUUAAAAUUAUUGUAAAAUUUGAAUAUUAGAAGAAGACUUGAAUUGUCAACCUAAUCAUGCUGACUAGUUUUAGAACAAUGACUUUUUUAACCAGUGAACUUUCAGCAAAAGUUGGAUUGCUGCUUUUAGAGCAGAAAGAAAAUUGCAUUACUCAGUUAUUUUGCAUUAAUGUGAAUUGUUCUUAAGGGUUUGAUAAAGACUGUUAUGCUUUCCAAUGUGUUAUAUGGUUAUGAAUAUUGUGCAAUAAACACUUCAGUCUCCUUCAA